CAGGUUUAGCACACUGGAAGCAUGGCUACAAGUGCUGUUCCCAGCGAAAAUCUCCCCACAUACAAACUGGUGGUGGUUGGAGAUGGUGGCGUGGGGAAGAGUGCUCUCACCAUCCAGUUUUUCCAGAAGAUUUUUGUGCCAGACUAUGACCCAACCAUUGAAGACUCCUACCUGAAGCACACAGAAAUAGAUGGGCAAUGGGCAAUUCUUGAUGUGCUGGAUACUGCGGGCCAAGAGGAGUUCAGCGCAAUGCGGGAGCAGUACAUGAGGACUGGAGAUGGUUUUCUUAUAGUCUACUCAGUGACAGACAAGGCGAGCUUCGAGCACGUGGACCGGUUCCACCAGCUGAUCCUCAGAGUCAAGGACAGAGAGUCCUUUCCAAUGAUUUUGGUGGCAAACAAAGUUGAUCUAAUGCAUUUACGGAAAAUUACAAGAGAACAAGGAAGAGAAAUGGCAACAAAACAUAAUAUUCCCUACAUAGAAACUAGCGCCAAGGACCCACCUCUAAAUGUUGACAAGGCCUUCCAUGAUCUCGUGAGGGUCAUAAGGCAACAGAUCCCAGAGAAAAGCCAGAAGAAGAAGAAAAAGACCAAAUGGCGAGGGGACAGAGCCACGGGCUCCCACAAACUCCAGUGCGUGAUUUUGUGACGGGACUGCCUGGGAGUGCCUUGGGUGCCUCCCUCCUCCUCCCUUGACCCACCGCCAACCCAGGCUAGGGGCAGCAGUGCGAUGCCUGCUCAGAUCCUGCUGCCCCCUUGGGCUCCCCAUGGCAGCUCAGGCUCGGAAGAGGUGGCCCGGACCCUCCCGGGAAGAGGGGCUGCGUGUCGGGGCCAGCGUGGGAGCCAUGUGAAUGGGAGGCGGAAGGGAUCAGCCAGGACCUUGACUCUCGAACAUCCCCAGUGCCUUCCAGGGGCCUCCAUGAUGUUUAUUUAAAAAAAAAAAAAAAAAAAAAAAAAAAGAAAAAAGGAAGAAGAAAAAAAAAGUGUUGGCUUUAUCUGCAAACAUUUCUCCUUGUGACCCAUUUCUUAACAGCCAUGAAUAGCCCCCUGUUUGGUACAGUCGUCUGUGUAUGUGUGGGGGAAGGGAAAGGGCUUUUCUUUCUCUGGGUUUUUUUUUUUCCCUCUUCUCCUUUUUCAUUGUUUGCUCAGCGAGUGUUGGGUUGCAAAGAAACACAGCUGGGGUUAGAAUUUUUGCACUGAACUCUCUCUUACGCAGCAGUGCCAAAACACAACUUCAUAUGAAAGUGCAUAGAUUUGGAGGAAGAAAAUGAAUUCCAGCUGCUCUGGGUGCUCCAGACAUUGUGUCAGACUCUGGAGGGCAGCCAGCUCACAGACCAUAAACUCCAGCUUAGGAGAGGAGGUUUGAGCUUGGAUUAUAUUUUCUUUUUUCUUACCCUUUGUCAAGAGGUUUUGUUUCUGUUUUGUAACUUGGGGCAUGUCAAAGUUAAGACGUUUUGUUAACCUGGAAGUAUUUAAAUUAAAGUAAUUUACAAAUGAAGGGUAUGUCAUCUUUAAGGAGGGGGGGGAGGGAGAGAGGAAGUAAAACCUGAACUGAAUUU